AUAACCACUUCCUUUUAAAAAGAGGCCUCAAAACCUGACGUGUAUAAGAGAACUUCAAAAAACAUAUUUGAAGGUGUUAAUCUCAUUCUAACAAAAUGGCUGCUAAACAAAGAAUGAGGUUAGCCAACGAGAAACACAGCAAAAAUAUCACAACCAGAGGCAAUGUGCCGAAAUCACUGCGAAAUCCAGCUGAGGAGAAAUACGCCGUUGGACCUUGGUUGUUGGGCCUCUUUAUUUUUGUAGUCUGUGGAUCAGCGGUAUUCCAGAUCAUACAAAGUAUUCGCAUGGCUUAAUGACAGAGGCGUGUCAGGAUCUCAUGAACAUGUUUUAUCUGAAGGACCAGGACUACACAAAAUUACGGAUUGGACUCAUCUACUCAUUACUCUUGAUGGUUUCUUUUGUAUAUAUUGUUUCUGAGAUGUAACAUUUUCACAAACAUGUUGUUAUCACUGUCAAGAGUCUUUUUUUUAUACAUGUUAUAAGUGAGUCAUCUGUCAUUAUUUUAGAGCUGUCUACUUGAAAGAUUGUAUACAGCAUUGAAAAAAAAAUUGUCAUGCAAUAUUUAAGAUAUUAAAUGUUUUAAAAUAUC